AUGGAAGGCUUAACAGCGACUGCCUCGCGACAAAAAACCAAAUACGGAUGCAAGAGAGAUAACAAUAAAGAGCCAACAACAAGAUACAGAGACAGGAAAAAGAAGGCUUCCAAGAAUAAACACAAUAGUGUACAACAACCAGACACACAGAUUGGAAAGACGGAUUUCAUAGAGAAUAAAUGCAUCUGUGCACAACAACCAGACACACAGAUUGGAAAGACGGAUUUCAUAGAGAAUAAAUGCAUCUACACACAGAUUGGAAAGACGGAUUUCAUAGAGAAUAAAUGCAUCUGUGAACAACAACCAGACACACAGAUUGGAAAGACGGAUUUCAUAGACAAUAAAUACAUCUGUGAACAACAGCCAGACACACAGAUUGGAAAGACGGAUUUCAUAGAGAAUAAAUGCAUCUGUGCACAACAACCAGACACACAGAUUGGAAAGACGGAUUUCAAGAAAAAAAUUGCAUCUGUGAACAACAGCCAGACACACAGAUUGGAAAGACGGAUUUCAUAG